GACUCUUACUGACCCGAUUCUCAUUUUCUCUUCCAGUCUUCCCAUUUUCUAUGUCAUUAAAAGAACAAGACCAUAAAACCUUUCCGUACACUUCACUGUAUCUAAUCUAACUCACCAUCUCCUCCACUUCACUUCCAUUUCAGGCAACUUUCCGAUACAUUUCCGAUCAGAUUUUAGAAGAUGUGCAAAGAAAAUUACUGGAUGAGGUGGCAGUGAUAAAGUGGAAUUUGAGAUUUUAUUUUUGGAAAAGAAUGGAAGGAUUUAGAGGCAAGAUUAGAGUUGGUGUUAUUGUUAUAAUAACACUAUGGAUUGGUUUACUCGCUUUAUAUGGCUUAUUAAAGCCGAUUUCGAAUGGUUGUGUGAUGACUUAUAUGUAUCCUACUUAUAUUCCGAUUUCAAGUGGCGGAGAUAGUGCGAAAUAUGGAUUGCAUUUGUACCAUGAAGGCUGGAAAAAGAUUGACUAUAAUGAGCAUUUAAAGCAACUUAAUGGGGUUCCUGUUCUUUUUAUUCCCGGAAAUGGUGGUAGCUACAAACAGGCAAGAUCUUUGGCUGCAGAAUCUGACAGGGCAUAUCAAGGAGGUCCACUUGAACGGACAUUUUAUGAUGAGGCGUACUUGAAUUCUGAUGGAGGGGGAGAAAUACCCAACCAAUAUGCUAGCAGGUUGGACUGGUUUGCUGUAGAUCUUGAAGGUGAACAUUCAGCAAUGGAUGGUCGAAUACUUGAAGAACACACAGAAUAUGUUGUAUAUGCGAUUCACAGGAUUUUGGAUCAAUACAAAGAAUCUCACGAUGCUCGAGUAAGAGAAGGUGCUGCAACCUCUGGUAGUUUGCCGAAAAGUGUCAUUUUAGUUGGACAUUCUAUGGGUGGUUUUGUUGCUAGAGCUGCAACUAUACAUCCUCGUUUAAGGAAGUCAUCCGUUGAUACUAUUCUUACACUUUCAACCCCACACCAAUCCCCUCCUGUGGCACUGCAGCCGUCAUUGGGUCAAUAUUUUGCACAUGUAAAUCAGGAAUGGAAAAAGAGAUAUGAGGUCCAAACUACUCGAACAGGACAAUAUAUGUCGGACCCCUUGUUCUCUCAUGUCGUUGUGGUCUCCAUCUCUGGUGGUUAUAAUGAUUAUCAGGUAAGAUCAAAGUUAGAGACUCUAGAUGACAUUGUGCCUUCAACUCAUGGCUUUAUGAUAAGUAGUACUGGCAUGAGAAACGUAUGGCUGUCUAUGGAACAUCAGGCAAUCUUAUGGUGUAAUCAAUUAGUUGUUCAAGUAUCACAUACCCUCCUUACUCUGAUAGACUCUAGAACAGGUCAGCCAUAUCCUGACACUCAAAAGAGACUAGCAGUGUUUUCAAGAAUGCUCCGUAGUGGGGUUCCACAAACUUUCAAUUGGAUGAGGCAAUCACAAGCAUCUUAUCAGACAACUCAUACUCCAAUUAAGGACAUUAAAAAUACUCGUGAUUCUCAAGUGUAUACUUUAUCUGGCUGUCCCAGCAAUAUUCACUGGAAUGAAGAUGGCCUUGAGAGGGAUCUAUACAUCCAGACUACUACUAUGACUGUUUUGGCAAUGGAUGGGAGGAGGCGGUGGUUGGACAUACAGAAAUUGGGUUCAAAUGGGAAAAACCAUUUCAUAUUUGUGACAAAUCUUGCUCCAUGUUUCGGAGUUAGACUUCAUCUAUGGCCCAAAAAGGUGCAAUCAACCUCAGACUUGGCUGCGAAUAAAAUGGUUGUUGAGGUGACAUCAAAGUUGGUGCAAAUCCCUUCGCGACCAGCACCAAGGCAGGGUGAACCUGGUAGUCAGACUGAGCAAGCACCUCCAUCUGCUGUACUUCAGUUGACUCCAGAGGAUAUGCGUGGUUUCAGAUUCCUGACAAUUUCAAUUGCUCCUCGUCCGAGUAUUUCAGGAAGACCUCCACCAGCAGCUUCCAUGGCAGUUGGCCAGUUCUUUAACCCCGAGGAUGGAGAAAGAGAUAUAUCUGCUCAGUUGAUGCUUCUAUCUUCCUAUUCUGAAAAGGAAUUACUUUUGAAAGAGGAUCAUCCCCUUGCUUUCAAUGUAACGUUCUCCAUUAGCUUAGGCCUUUUGCCUGUUACUCUAUCUCUAAAAACCUUGGGCUGUGGAAUAAAAAGGUCUGGACUUCCUUCUGAUGAGGCUGGAGACAUGGAAAGCAGUAAGCUUUGUAAACUGCGGUGUUUCCCACCAGUGGCACUUGCAUGGGAUCCUACAUCAGGUCUUCACAUAUUUCCUAAUUUGUACGGUGAAACUGUAAUAAUUGAUUCCUCGCCAGCUUUAUGGAGAUCUGCCCCGGGAUCUGAGAAGACUGCUGUCAUGUUACUGGUGGAUCCUCAUUGUUCAUAUAAAAUGGGCAUCACUGUUUCUGAAACUGCAGCUGCCAGCAGGUUUUUGCUUUUGUAUAGUUCACAGAUAGUUGGUUUCUCCAUUGCGGUUGUUUUUUUCGCUCUAAUGCGGCAAGCACAUGCAUGGGUUGUUGAUGUGCCUAUACCUUCAAUUUUGACAGCUGUGGAGUCUAAUUUGAGAUUGCCAUUACCAUUUUUGCUUCUAGGCAUCAUACCCAUUUUAAUUUCCUUAUUCAUUUCCUUUCUGCUGUCUCAACCACUUCCUCCUUUUGCAACUUUUAUCAUUAUUUCUAUGAUCUGUUAUCUUUUUGCAAAUGGGUCCAUGAUUCUUGUGAUCAUCGUUUCCCAAUUGGUCUUCUAUGCGGCUGCCAUCAUCCAUGUUUUUAUCAAGACAAGGUGGCAAGGAUCUGAAGGCAACUUUCGUUUAGGAUUUCUUCAUUGGUUUGUUAAUCUUUCUUGCAGUUUCUUUUCAUUAAAGGUUAUUAGGGUUCUAAGAGUCAAUCUAUCACUCGUGACAGCGCUGACUGCAAUCACCCUGGGUUGUUUUGUUCAUCCAGCAUUGGGUUUAUUCGUACUUCUCUUGUCUCAUGUUUUCUGCUGUCAUACUGCAUUGUGCGGUUUUUUGACGGCUUCAUUUCGCAGCCAUGCACGGAGAAAGGAAUUCUUUGAUUUCAGAGAUGAUGGAAAUCAAAGUGUAUUUAGAAAUGGGGUGUUCAACCAUAAUACCCCGUUGGAGGAAAACAGCUCUACUAGUCCAAACUCUUCAAAGAGUUUUGGCGACACACAGCUGGAGAUCUUCCAUCACCGUCAUGGCCUGUUGAUCCUGCAUCUUCUUGCGACACUGAUGUUUGUCCCUUCGCUUGUGGCUUGGCUGCAGAGGAUAGGAUUGGGACAUAGCUUUCCAUGGUUCCUGGAUUCUACUCUUUGCACCGGGGUCAUUCUUCAUGGCAUUUUACAUGCAAAGCCAGAGUGCAAUUCCCAAUUUUCAUUCUCAGUACUAGGGAGGGAAUUGAGAUUGGAUUUUGUUUAUUUGCUUGCCGGCUACUAUUCCUAUAUCUACGGCUUGAAUUUGGAGCCAUUCAGAGGUUUAUAUGCCAUGGCUGCUGUGGGCUUCAUAUUUUUAGCAUUGAGAAUAUUAUGGAGCAAGAAGGGAGAGCCACGUUUUGGGAGAAGAAAGCAUUCUCAUAAACAAUGACAAGGCGAUAUAUAACCAUGUUUCUUCGAGGGAUGUCGGUUGAUUGUAUUAUUGUAUGUCAGGCGCCGGGACGAGCUGCUGCUACUGAAGAUUUGAAACCCUCCCCAUUUGUAGGCAAGCAAUGUGACCUUAAUUCAUGUGAAGAACGCAGAGCGGGAAAAAGGCGGAAUUGUUGUUGUUGUUGUUGUUGUAGUAUAUGCCAGGGGAUUCUCUUGCGGCAAUGCAUUUUUGUAUAUGAGCAUUUUGUUUUCAGAUUAGAGAAAUAUUUGAAUGAGAAAUUGGUUUUGUAACAUUGUGCCGAGUGAAAACAACAGUAGCUCCAUCUAAUUUUGCCUUGAAAGUGAUUAGUGUGAUUUUGCUUUUA